AUGGGUGUGCUUGUGGUGGUUGUGGUUCUUGCUGUGUUGCAGCACGCUUCGGGGGCCGCGGCUCCGGAGUGCUCGGAGGAUAAGUGCGUGUGCAGUCCUGCCAUCUACGUCGACUAUGGAGACAAAAAGGAGACGGACACGACGAUGUACCAGCUUCGGGCCCAGUUAACUCUGCUGCAGGGAACAGUGGAGUCGCUUCGGACCCAACAGGAUGUUCGGCUUGCCGAAUUGCAGGAACAGUUCAGUAAACUUACAUCAGAAAUCGCGCUGCUUAAACAAUACAGCGCUACGACGAAGCUUGUCUGUCCUAGCGGAUAUGUAAAGUUUGAAGACAAGUGCUUCAGCUUCUCUACCGAUCAGAAGAACUACACCGACGCCAGGUCCGCCUGUCAGGCUGACGGUGGGCACCUGGCCAUGCCUAAGGACCAGGCAACAGACGCCUUCCUGCGCAACCAACUGACCAGGUACCCCAGUGGCUCCAUCGUCUGGUUCGGCCUGACAGACCUGCUCCAGGAGGGAACCUUUGUGUGGGAGGACGGGACACCGCUCACCGGCUGGGACAACUGGAAUCCAGGGCAACCUGACGAUUCUGGUUCUGCUGAGGACUGUGCUCAUUGGUACAGUUCGAGCGGCAAGUGGAACGAUCGGCCAUGCUCUGUUAGUCAGUAUUAUGUGUGUGAAGUCAGUCCAUGAGUUACAGUUGGCAUUAUGUUCCGUUCAGAGUAGAAACAACUUUGUACGGCAUUCAUUUAACUCGAUUCGCCAGAAGUUAAGCAAUGGUUCGAUAAUGUAUUGGUGAUGCAUCAGACGAUCAGACUCAUGAGAUAGUCAAUCAUGUAAAUCAAAAACAUCUUCUCUGAAUUCAGCUCUGGAGAUAGUACGCCACUAAGUCAUGCAGAUAUUACUACUGGGAUAGGUACAGAUAUAAAGCUGUAGAUAUAAAAGUAGAAUGAAUAGCAAGCCGGUUUUUCAAAUUUUUGUUCGCUCACAUCUUCCUCUUUGGAAUCUCAUCGACAUUCCAUGUAUCUGCUGUAUGGACGGAUAUUUUUGUUGAUUUAU